AAUGUAUAUACGUUGACACAUUUAUAACACUGCGAUCGUCCUCCUUGUAUAUAGGCUUCGUGGAAACGGUGAAGAAUGAAGUCACGAAAAAUUUUAAUGCGAAGUAAUACCUAUGGAAAAUUUAUUUCAUUCAAUAACAUUUCAGAAACAUUUAAAUGUGUAAUAAACAGCGUAAGAUUUGGAUCUACUAUAGAUCCCAAAGAAAUUGAAUUUUUUGAAAAAAUGAGUAAUGAUUGGUGGGAUCCCAAUGGUCAUUUAUUUCUUCUUCAUCAAUUUAAUCGCAAUAGAAUACAAUUUGUACGAGACGGCUUAGCUAACACAGGAAUUAUUAAAGGUGAUACAAAUUUACCAUUAAAAGGUACUAAGAUUUUAGACGUCGGAUGUGGUGGUGGAAUAUUGUCCGAACCAUUAGCCAGAAUAGGAGCUGAAGUUACUGGAAUAGAUACUUCGUUGCAGUUGAUAGAUGUUGCUAAGAAACAUGCCUUAUUAGAUUCUGACUUAUUAGGAAAAUUAAAUUAUGUUCAAACUACUGUCGAAAAUUUUGAGAAAGAAAAUAAAGAGAAGUAUGAUGCAGUUGUAGCUUCAGAAGUCAUAGAACACGUUAUCGAUCCACAAUUGUUUCUUAAAUGUUGUUCAGCAAUUGUGAAGCCUGGAGGGUCGCUGUUCAUUACUACACCAAACAGAACUUUGUUAUCUUGGUUGAGUGUAAUUAUUGCAGCAGAAUAUAUACUUAAAUAUGUACCGAUGGGAACACACGAAUGGAAUAAAUUUAUUUCGCCAGAAGAAGUUCAACGUUUGCUAGAAAUUUAUGGUUUAAAAACUAAACUGAUUCAUGGAUUAAUAUAUAAUCCAUUAAAACAUGAAUGGAUUUGGUCAUCGAAUACUUCGAUGUUUUAUGCUCUUCAUGCAUUCAAAAAAUAAAUGGUACAAACUUUUUAUAUUACUCGUAUAAAAAUAUUUCUUUCUUUUCACUUAUACUAUGUAAUUUAGAGAAUGUGGGGAAAAAAACAAAUUAAAAUGAACUCUUUUUAUUAUUAUUAUUAUUAUUAUUAUAAAUGUAUAAUAUAAUUUAUAUAUGUAUUUAUACAUACACAUCAAUUUAUAUAUAUGUAUAUUAAAUUAAGAAUCAUUAUUAAAAAAUUGAGUCUUCAGGAUA